AUGGCACUCUCUUUAAAUAAAUACAUUCGAAAACGUUACAAAUACAAGGGUUCUGGGAUCAAAGAAAAUGAUUUAUUAUGCAAACUGUGUUAUAUGACGGAAGAACGUCGUGUGUCGAAGAAGAAAACAAAUGAUGCCAAUAUUAUCGAUGAGGAUACGCAAGCAAAUGUAUCUUUGGUAGUCUCUCAACCAGUGUCACUUGCUCGAAAAAGAUCAAACACGUUUGCAUCGUUGUCUCAGGCUGGACCUGACGACAUGAACCAAAAGAGAUCUCUUUUGUCACAUGAUACGCCUUUCUCUUUUCUCAAGCACGCCCUGGUGGAUGUACAAUCUACACCGUCAUCGCUGGACGCAUCGUCACAAUCAGAUUUUGAAACAAAAAUUGAAUAUUUUAUUAAAUCUGACAAGCAAAAGUUUAAUGAUUUGUUAGAAGCCGUGAAUUUGUCUCCUGUAAAAGACACUUAUGAAGAUAUGGAGAUUUUAGUUGCAGGCUUAAAACAAUUAAUUUUAUCGAGUGAUUACUGUGAACGGAUACGAAUGCUAACAUUGGCACCACCAGUAUGGAGCCGACGAGACAUUGCUCAGCAGUUUUCAGUGUCGGAAUGGGAAGGUCGUAUGGCCAUCGAUUUGAGAGAAGCACACGGAAUAUUAGCAAUAUAUGAAAAUACUCAAGAUCGGAACAAAAUAUCACCAGAAACAAUUGAAAAGGUUCUGGAGUUUUACGAAGAUGAUACAAUUAGCCGGUAUUCCUCCAGUUCAAAAGAUACAAUAAAUAUUAGACAACUAGAUGGAACAAAAAAACCGAUUGGAUGUCGAUUUAUGUUAAUGUCGUUAACGGAAGCAUUUGAGUUAUUUAAAACAAUUUCUACAUUGAUUCAAGAAUCAACGAAAACAAAACAUUUCGUUGAAAAACUUAUUUGUUCCACAGAAAAUAAUCAAUGUAUGUUCGGUGAAUGCGCUGUAUGUCGCACAAAAUUACCUUCGUUAGAAAUACCGAAAUUAUAUCCAAAUAUUGAUCUAGAAGAAGAUACUUCUUGGAUGAAGUGGACUAAGAUGGAGGAUAGAGUGGAUAUCCACCGGAUUUCUGGUAGUAUUCGUGCCUUGUUGUUUGAAUGCGACAGUCAGUGGUUAAAAUUUACCACGCAUAGCUAUAUCACCACUACUCAAUUUGAAUAUAUCAAAAAAAUAAAAGAAUCAUUGGAUUCAGAAUCGGCCAUCUGCCAAAUGGACUUUACGGAGAAUUAUGUUCAAAAUGAAAUUAUGAGCAAGCACUGGUCAACAUCUCAGGCUGCUCUCUUCACUGUUCAAAUAAAGACAAAGGAUCAGACCUCGAAUAUUGUCAUAAUUUCAAAUUAUUUAAGUCAUGAUACAAUGUUUGUUCAUUGUUCACAAGGUUUGAUUUGUGAAUAUGUGAAGCUUCACUUUCCAUCUGUUAAACGAAUGAUUUAUUUGAGUGAUGGUUGUGGAGCCCAUUUUAAAAAUAACUAUUCAAUGAUGAAUUUAAUGCAUCACGAAGAAGAUUUUGGAUUUACAGCUGAAUGGACAUCGCAUGGUAGAGGCGCAGUUGAUGGCCUGGGAGCUGCAGUGAAAAGUGCGGCUCGACGAUCGACAAUGAGGGCUGGUGGACCUGAGAAAUCGUUGACCACACCACUUGAAUUGUAUCAUUUUUCUGAGGAAAAAUUUAAACCAAAGCAAGUGCCAUCAAGAACUGGCUCUUCUCACUCGACAACAACCACAC